ACAGAGCAUUCGUGCGACAAGGACAGAAUAUUCCAAGAUCGGCAGAGUAUGCCGAGGGAAGUUCUCCAACUGCGAUACAUCAGCGAAAAGUUCCGGUCUUCUGUCUAUCUGAUUCAAUGAUAAAUUUCCCUUAGGCCGAGGGAGGCAGCGCUGCAUUGAUGAGGGGAACCUCCUUGCGGACUCCAAUAGAUUGUGCAUGCUGUCGUCACAAUCUGUGGCGAUAGAUCGUCGGCCGAUGUGCCUGUGAAGUUGGAAAAGUUCCAAUCUUCAAUUAACGCGGAAUGUUCGGAUUGCUGAUUACCCCUCCCCCGUUAAGAUAGGAGCAUUGAUAAAACCAUCAUCCCGAGUGCAUCUAACAUAGACUAUUGAUCUGGCAUCGGAUCACUUUAUUUCCCGUUAUUUGUCAACAUCGACUUCCAUUUAGCAGCCUACUCAUCACUCAUCAUGGGCUCACUUGCACCAGCUUCGUGGGAACUCAAGGCCGACAAGCUGAGGAAGAUCCUCAAAGACUCUCUCAAUCCGAAAUGGCUCUUGGCCCCGGGAGACCUACCUUCCCCAAGCCAGCUGAACAUCUCCAAGUUCAUUGACACAUGCAAGCUAUUGACGCCAUGGGAGCAGGAGAUCACAGCAUGCAACGGCACCGAGCUAGUCCGCCAAAUGGCCGCUGGCAAGCUUACCGCCGUUGAGACAGUGACGGCUUUCCUCAAGCGCGCUCAUGUGGCUCAUCAGCUGACCAACUUCGCGACCGAGUUUCUGGUCGAUGACGCGUUAGCUACUGCUGCGAAGCUUGAUGCGCAAUUCAAGGAGACUGGAAAGAUUGUUGGGCCGCUACACGGUCUGCCGAUAUCCAUCAAAGAGCAUAUCGGACUCAAAGGCAAAAUUGUUCAUUCGGCCUACGUGGCUUGGGCUGACAACAUUGCCCAAGAGGACGCUCUAGUUCUUCGGCUGGCUGCCAAGGCUGGGGCUGUCUUCCAUGUCCGCACAAACGUGCCGCAGAGUUGCAUGCACCUCGACUGCAGCAAUCCCAUCUACGGCACAACGGUCAAUCCCUACAAUCGCAACCUCACAUCAGGCGGCUCCAGCGGCGGCGAAGGAGCGUGCCUCGGGCUACGUGGCUCUGUCUUGGGACUCGGAACCGAUAUUGGGGGUUCUGUGCGUGGGCCAGCGGCCUUCUGUGGCUGCUAUGGCCUUCGCACGACGGCUCUGCGCAAUCCUUACAAGGGUAUCUGCCUACCGGGCCUAGGCCAAGAGAGUAUCAAGUGUAUCUUGGGCCCGUUGGCGAACAGCAUUUCGGACAUUCAGCUAUUCGAAGAUGUUGUCCUCAAUCAAGAGCCUUGGGAUGAAGAAACAUCUCUGGUUCCUCUGCCUUGGAAGAAGAUGGAGCUGUACCAGCCAGGUCAAUUCACCGUUGGUGUUAUCUGGGACGACGGAAUGGUCCAUCCCCAUCCCCCAGUCAUUCGUGGCCUCAAGCACGCUGUCGACAAGCUCAAGACAGCUGGGGUGAAAGUUGUGGACUUUGAGCCGUACAAGCACAGCGAAGGCGCGGAGAUAAUUGAGCUUCUUUAUUUCCCAGACGCGGCUGAGACACAGAAGGAGGUGCUUGCAGAAGGAGGCGAACCAGUAGCACCAUUAACGGAGUGGGCUUUCCAGUACUCAAAGCCGGAGCCGCUCACCAUCAGAGAAAACUGGGAACUGAAUGUGCGAAGAGAGGCUUUCCGUGAAGAGUAUCACAAGACCAUGAAAGAUCGCGACGUCGAUUUCAUCCUGUGUCCCGCCUAUGUAGGUGUUGCUGCGAAAUGUGGCACACCUCAAUACUGGCAUUACACGACAAUUUGGAAUAUCCUUGAUCAGCCAAGCAUUACCUUCCCGACUGGUCUUCAUGUCGAUCCUGCUAUUGACGUGGUCGACAAAGACUACAAGCCACGCUCAGACACCGAUGAAAGAGAGUAUAAGAAAUAUAUACCGGAAGAGUUCGUAGAUGCUCCGAUUGCCCUGCAGCUUGCUGGAAAGCAUUUCCGUGAUGAAGAGACAGUGGCUGCAGCAGAUCUGGUGACAAAGAUCAUUCAAAGCUGAAAGCAAUCUGGCUACGAAGAGCUAGUUCAAUCGCUUGACUUACUUGGAUCCCCGGGCCGUGAUGAAUAGCAUAGUUGGAGUUCGUUUUCUAUCAAGUAGGGUGGGACAAAAAACACAGGCGGGGAAAAUGGCCCUGUUUCCGAACCUCGCUCACUGUGUGGAAUGACCCAAAUUCCUUGCAGAAUCCUUGGUACUCGGUACUCGCAGUUCAAUGAAGACCAUUUCAAUGUUCAACAGAUCAGGUGACGAGUAUAUUCAAGUCGUUCACCAUCCAAGAUCACUGAAGGAAGCAAACUGAUGUAUAAUUACCGGGUUGACAAGUGAAUCUCAG